GACGGAAGCGGAAGUAGCGGGCGGUGCCGCCUGUGGGCCUGGGGCGGUGAGUCGGGGCCGGGGGUCUCGAUGUGGCGGUGUCGGCUCGGCAGCGCCGGGGCUGCGGGGUUUUAUGUUGUCGGUACCGGCUGAAGGGGCCUGGGCGGUGGGGGCCUGAGGAGCUCCGGGGUCCGGUGAAGGGACGGGUCUGGGGGUCCAUGACAAGCCCCAGUGAGGGUCCCGGGUGGCUGAGCCCUGGUACCCAGUCAGGGAACCUGGACUGUUGUGUUCCAUGAGCCCCAGUGAAGAGCCCGGGCUGGGGCUCCCUGACGAACUCCAGUGCCUGCUGAGCGUCCUGCUCAGUUGAGCCCCAGUACCCCCUCAAGGAGCCCGGGCUGGGGGGGUCCCUGACGAGAGUCGGUACGGGCUGUGCCAAGCCCUAUCUCUCGUUGACCAGCCCGGGUGUUUGGCGCUUAGCAGCCCACCAUGCCGGGCCAGGGCCACUCGGGGUCCCGCCGGCCGCUGCUGGCCCUGGUGCUCGCGCUGGGCUGGCUGCUGGCCCUGCAGCUGCUGCUGGACCUGCGGGCGCUGGGGCUGCUGUGCGGGGCCUUGGCGGUGCUGGGGGGCUGGCUGGGCCCCCCGGCCCUGGUUCCCCGCGGCCGCCGGCUGCGCCUGGAGCGCUUCGUGAGCUCCCUGCGGGCCCCGCCCGGCUGCCCCGCGGACGAGGCGCGGCUGGAGCGGGAGAUCGCCAGCACCAUCCGUAAGGUGGUGCGGGAUUUCGUGGCCUCGUGGUACCGCACGGUGAGCAGGGAGCCGGCCUUCGAGGCCGAGGUGGAGAGGGCCAUGGUGGGCCUGGCUGCAGAGCUGCGGCGGCGCAUGGCGCAGGUGGACCGCCGAGCCCUGGCCCGCCGCCUGCUUCUGCUCUGCGGGCAACAUCUCCAGAGCUUCCUGCGGGCACGGGACGCCCUGAGGGACGACCCCAAAGGCGGUGGGACGCUGUGGCGGGAGUACAGCCGGCUGGCAGGGCCGCAUCCUGCCCUGCUCAGCCCCGCGGCCGAGGUGGGAUGUGCCCGCGCGGCCGUGGAGACGCUGCUGCAGGCGUUGGUGCCAUGGCCACACCUGGAAACGCGGACGGGACGCUUCGUGGUGGUGGAGCUGGUGGCCUGCAAUGUGCUGCUGCCGGCCGUCAGGAAGAUGUCUGAUCCCGACUGGAUCAAUCUGCUGCUCAUUGGGAUGUUCUCCAAGAAGCCCCGCGGUGGGAAACCCCACACUGCACCCCCAGUGCCAGAUUCCUUGCCCUUCCCAGCACAGAUGGAUAUGGCUCCUGCCGGGCUACCUCCCUCCCCGAGGACUGUGGAGGGGCUCAGGAGAGAGGCAGGGACUGCUGGCGAGGAGGGAGAGGAGACAGGGAGGUCGUGCCACACAGAGGAGCCUUUCCUGCGCCCUCAAGCCCUGGGAUCCCUCUUCCCCUGCGAGGGUUUGGAGCUGGAAUCCUCCACGCCCAGUGUGGGCCAGGACACGGACCUGCUGGCACCAUCCCCCACUGGGGAGCUCCUUGAUGAGCCCCCCCAGGACCCCUCUGUGGCGGAGGGCCUGGCCUCUUUGGAAGAUGGAACGGGAGACCUGGAGGAGGGCCCUGCCCCCAGCUCAGAUGUUGGGCUGCUUUCCACCUCUGCCUUGAGCUCCUGCCCUGACAUCCAGAUUGAGCCGGUGGUGGAGAAGGAGGAGGAAAACCCAGCAGUCCCCAGGAAGUUCUCCUCGCAGAAACCCUCUGUCCUGGGGAGAGAUCUGGGGGCAGCAGAGGGCCUACCACAUAUCCCCCCAGAGGCCGGGCAGUCCCUGCCCCUGCUCUCAUCCUCCCCAACAGCUUCCAUGAGCACCUUCAGCUUUGAGCCCCUGAGCAGCCCUGACGGUCCGGUCGUGAUCCAGAACCUGCGGAUAACUGGGACCAUCACUGCCCGGGAGCACAGUGGGACUGGCUUCCACCCAUAUACCCUGUACACUGUCAAGUAUGAGACAGUCUUGGAGGGUGAGGGUACAGGGAGCCUACAGCAGGUGGCUUAUCACACCGUGAACCGCCGCUACCGGGAGUUCCUCAACCUGCAGACCCGGCUGGAGGAGAAACCGGAGCUCCGCAAGUUCCUCAAAAACAUCAAAGGCCCAAAGAAACUGUUCCCUGAUCUCCCCUUUGGAAACAUGGACAGUGAUAAAGUGGAAGCCAGGAAAAGUCUGCUGGAAUCCUUCUUAAAGCAAUUGUGUGCAGUCCCUGAAAUUGCCAACAGCGAGGAGGUGCAGGAAUUUCUUGCCCUCAACACAGACGCCAGGAUCGCAUUUGUCAAGAAGCCCUUUGUUGUCUCCAGGAUAGACAAGAUCGUUGUCAAUGCUAUUGUGGACACUCUGAAGACGGCAUUCCCCAGGUCAGAGCCCCAGAGCCCCACGGAGGAUCUGAGUGAGUCUGAAGUGGAUGGAAAGUCCCAGACAGAUGGGAAGAAGGCGACCAAGUCCAGGCUGAGGUUCUCAUCUAGUAAAAUCACUCCAGUGCUGAGUGUGAGUGAAGCUCAUGACAGGAUAGUGUACUCCAUCAGGGAGGGCAGCGCUGUCUCUGGCACCCUGUCACUGGCUGCUAUGGAAUCCUUCAUCCAGAAGCAGGAGAAGCUGCUGGAAGCAAUCCCUAGCAAAGCUCCUGAAGGCGAGGGAGGCAGAGAGCCUAAGGGAAGCUCUGUGCAGGAGAAUGUGGAUGGGACGCAUCUGGACACGGACUCUGACUCUGAGACAGCUUUAGCUGAUCUGGCCCUGGAUGUGCUUCGCCUGGUGCUAGUGGAUCACUGGAGCUGGCUGUGUACAGAGAACAUUCAGAAGGUCUUCAACCUGCUCUUUGGGACCCUUGUUCAAAGGUGGCUGGAAGUGCAGAUGUUUAACCUGACCUGCACCCAGCGUUGGGUCCAGUACCUCCAGUUGCUCCAGGAAUCCAUCUGGCCCGGAGGAGUUUUACCAGCAGUGCCUAAACCCCCCAGGACAGAGGAGCAGAAGAAGGCAACAGCAGAUCAGGCCCUGCAGAGCCUCAUGGGGAUUUUGCCUAAUGUGAUCCAAGAAAUCCUUGGGACCAGCAAGUGUCGGAUGAGUUGGAACCUGGUGCAGGAGUCCCUGAGCCAGCCUGUGAUAAACAGGCACCUGGUUUUCUGCCUCUUGGACAUUCUACUGGAGUUCUUGGUCCUGAAGGGCUCCAGUGAGGAGCCCAAGGCUGCAGCUGCGGCACCAUCUGCCUGUGGUGGACUGGACAAAGCACUUUAGCUAGGACUGGUUGAGCCAGCAGUGGGGGAGAGAAGCAGCCACAGGCACGGAGUGAUUUGAUUUUCAGUGUUUACUAACCAUGUCUGGGAGCUUCUUGUACAGAAUAUUUCCAGCCAGUGCUAAAGGAAGCUACUUCCAGGCUUCUCUCUUCCGGCCAGGUGGUGGAUUAAACCCAGUGUCAGGGACUGAACAUCUACUGUGUAUCUGUUCCAUUGCUGACCUGAUGGAGAGCCUGGAAUGAAGAUGCCUGAGCAGUUGGAGAAGGAUAUUCAGGCUACUGCUCACAAACCCUAUAGUCUUGCCCCAUAUUUCUGAACAACUGUAACAUCUGAAGGCAGAGAUAGCACAUAAGAUUUGCUUUUGUGGCAUCAGGCUUCAUCUAGCACUGGCACAGAGAGACUUGAUGUGAUGGGAUCUUGUUGUUCCUGCAGGAAGGUGAAGGGAGGGGAAAUGCUGUCCCUGCUCUCUAAUCAUCCUGCCUUGUGCCUGCAAUGCCCAGUUGGUGUUACUAGAAGGAAGAUGGGGAGGGAAUGGAGUGUGGAGAUGUGGUGAUAGUCCUGAGUCGGUGUCCAGCUGCCCAAAUACCUGGGAGGUGAGAGCAGUGCAGGAAUCAAAGCUGCUGUCCUGCCUUAGUGACAAAGAUCAGCUGCUUCCCACUGCCACUGCUCUGACAUGGUCUAGUUCUUCAUCAUCUGCCUGAUCAGUAGGAUGCAGGUGGACUGUGAUCCUGGGAAAGAGAACUCUCCUCAGGCUAAGGAGGAAUGGCAGCUUGGCUAGACUGUAGGAUUCCCUUUCUGAGUCACCUUUUAGUCCCUGGGGCUGUCACCUGGAAGGCACAGGAGGAAAGAAAUUGACCCAUGUGUGACACAGCAAGGAAAUCAGCUCCCACACAAAAGUGCUUGUCACGGGAAGCUCUGGAAGAGGAGGGAACAUGUUGGAGUCCGGGAUGAACAGCCAGUGGGUCAGAUCACAGCAAAGGGCUUGAGAGUACCAGCUGAGCUCUGGUGUUGAUUGUGUGUCACCUGCUUUGGUUUCCUGUGCAAUAGUUCUGUGCAGAGGGCUCUGGGAAGCUCGUCAGAUCACCAUGUCCUACCUGGCACAGAAUGGACAUGGAUUUGGCAGCUGCUUCCCCAGGUUGUCCAAGACUUGAGUGGUUUGUGAGCUAAUGCUGCUCAGGUCUCAGUACAAAAGGACAGAAAUGCACCAACAGACUGGAUUGAUGACCUUUUUUGGUGUAUUUCUGGGAGAAAUAUGAUCUGUGGCUGAUCAAGGCAUUCUCUACCGAUCAAAGGAGAGGGAAUCAUGCAGGAUCACAGCUACUGUCUGUUACAGUACUACAUGAGGCGUUUCAUCUCAUAGAAUCAUGGAGUAUCAGGUGGGAAGAGACUGCCUGCUGUUCCUUGGAGCUGUAUGCUCCAUGGCACAUUUGGAGGGAAGGCAAUGCAACUCCAGUGUGCCUGUUCUGCUCUUCCCAGAAGAGCUGCUUAAUAAUGGACCCACAGCAGUGUGAGCUGCUUCCUGCUUCUGUGCGUUUUGUGAAAAUACAGGAAGGGAUUGGCUUGCUGUCUGCAAAUAUAUUUUUAGGGAGCUCUAAGGACAUGGCAAGAUUAGGCAAAAUCCAAUAUAAUGAAGCAAAGCAGUUUUGCAUCACUUUAUCAGAGCCGUUUCUCAGCAGUAACACUUUGGAGAUGGUAGAUUGGCCACUUGCUUGGAAAAGGAGGGAGGUGUAAAGUGUAUUAGGCAAAGAGUUGGAGAAUGCUUUGGGAUAGUCCCAAAGCAGAGAUUAUUGGGAAGGAGGGCUCAAAUAUAUCCUCAAAUACCUACUUGGAGAGCAGCUGCUUCACCCUGUCUUUCACUGCUAGGCUCGUUUCCCUUCUUUCUCUGUUGCUUCCAUUUACUGCACCAGCUGUCAGGAGUGGGAACAGGAGCCAUUGGCCAGGGAUGAUGCAGCAGAGCCCUGUUGUGCUUGGUGCCUUCCCAGAUGCUCUUGUUGUGCUUGUUUGCUAUUGCUUCCUAAUUAAUUGUAUGGUUUGGAGUUCCAGGACCCUGGUCUGUCAUUAAUUAGGGAUAAUAUUAAGGAUUAAAUUAAGGACUGUAAAUUAUGCACUGCCAGCUCCAGGUCAGGGCAAAAGUCUAGCACAGUCCUUACACACACUGGAUAUGGCACUGGAAGAAUGAGCUGAUGCUUCCCCUUUGCCAGGAAGCCCAAGUUAUCCCUGCCGUUAAACCUCAUCUCUGCAAUUAUGCAAAUGACUGAACAUUCAGGAAAUAAUUUAUGGGUACUGCCAGUUUGGGAGCUGAUGCUUUGCUGGGAUGGUGUAGCCAUGAUUUGGGGUUGUACCAGCAGCAACAUCCCCCUCUGCGUUUAUUUACAUGGGAGGAGCUGGGGUAGAGAGAGAUGAAGUAGAUUUACUUACAUGCACUUUGAAGUCAGUAUUGGAGUUGGAAACAGACCUAGGAGUUUGGAUUGCAAGAUCUUUGUUUUAAUCUCCAGAACCCCCUUUCUUGUCUCGUUUAGGCUGAGCCCUUUCUCAUGCUCUCACUGGCUGGGCUUCAAUCUCCCAUUCCCUCCUUGGUCUGGUCUCACAGCUGAGGUGAAGUUGCCCAGGAGCAAAUAGCCCCUCUCUGGAUCUUGUUGUUAAGGAAUAAAAAAAUCCAGUAAAAAGAUCA